AUGGGAAUAGUGAGAGGUGUUCCAUGUGAAUGGGACGAGAAAGACAUUUUAGAAAAUAUUGAGCUUCCGCAGAACUGUGGAAGCAUUUUAAAGGUUCGAAGACUAAACAGAAAGGUGUAUGAAGAUAAAAAGUGCCCAGAGUACGCUAGGCAAAAAUCAAUUAAAGAAACAAUGGCUAGAAAGGCUAUAUCUUAUUCAGAAGCCAGUAAAGCCAAUCCACCAGUUUCUAAAUCUUAUGCAGACUGGAAUUGCCGGAGCAUUAAUAGUAAAAAAAGUGACCUCAUUUAUUUAUUAAACAAUUACAAACCUUUUGCCGUCUCUCUCAAGAGACUUGGCUUCGUCCCGGAUUCAAUUUUAGAAUUCCAGGACAUAUCUGUCUUAGAGAAGACAGAACAGAUGGAGUAUGGUGGAGUUGCACUAAUUCUUAGAGGAGGUGUGCCCUUUGUUCACAUACCCAUCAUUAAUCACAGUGAUAAAUUUUCCAUUAUUGCUGCUAGUGCUGCUGAGGAAGUUUUUCCAAUUAAAAGUAAUAGUGGCAAUGGUUAUAUUCCAUCACCUCCUUGGUGGGACAGUGAGUGUUCUGCUGCUAUAGCUGAGAGAAAGAGAGCUGAAGGAAAUUACAGGAAAAAUUCUACAACACAAAAUUUUAAUAUUCUUAGCAAUCUUAUAACUAAAACACGUAAAUUAUUAAAACAAAAAAGAUUCAAUGGCUGGAAAUCUUUUUGUGCCUCAAUUUCACCAGACAUUUCUCCAUCUGAAGUUUGGCAAAAUAUUCGGAGAUUCAGAUCCGCCUUUAAACCUCCAAAGUCUCAUUUUAUGGAUAGCAGUACAGUUGAUUUGUUUCUUGACAAAUUAGCUCCACCAUAUGUCCCAUCUAUAGAUAAUAUUUCUUUUGACUCUCAGCCUUCUCCCUCUCCCAGCAUAAUAGCAAUUCACUCAUUUCCUUUAGCCUUUCAGAACUCAAAGGGUUCUUUCAAAACUUAG